CCAUAAAACGGCAGUGAUGUUUGCUGUGAAGGGAGGCUGUCGCCGUCGUCAACCAGGAACAGCAUGGCGUUAAAAACUGAGCGGCCAGGGAGGAGGGUGAAGAAGGCCCCAUUCCGUUUCUUCGAUCUACCGACUCUCGACCUUGAUCCCAUGAACAGCCGUGUCAUUGCGCCUCUGUUGCAUCCAUUUCUCGCUUCCCAUCGCAUGCACGACGAAGCGGCCCCCGUUUUCUACAGCCAAAACACGUUUCGCGUCCUGCCAAUUCACGGUCGAUUCUUUCACACCGAAAGGCCUUUGAUUGCACGCCUGCCCGAACAUUAUCGCUCGUAUAUAACCAAGAUGGAGUUGUAUUUGGGGUUGGGUUGGACGGGGCCGCCGGUGGAAUGGAUAAUCAGUGACCGACUUGGUCUAUCAGCGUGCACAAAGUUACGGACGUUGAAGGUAUACGUACGGUUUGACCCGUCGAGUCACCCGUCAUUUGAAGAGUUCCAGGUCACACCUGAGUUCUACACCGAUUUCAGCGUCGGACUGGUUCGGGAUUUCUUUGCCCAAGCCCCGUCGCUCACCGGGGUCGAAUUGGACGGUGAGCCAGAACUGCAGAUGUCUUCUCCGAUCCUACAAGGCGUCAUAAACGAGGCAAAAGUUCAGAACAAGCGGAUAACAUGGGGACCGAAGGGCCAGUGGGACAGACCUCUUGCUCCUGACCUGGUCAAAUUAAUGCAAUUGCUCAGUCUUGGUUCUUCUCAUAUCCAACGACGAACUGUCGCUUCGCUGGCUUGAUCCCAACAUAAUGAGCAAAAGAUUUCACGUCAUUCUGUGCGUCGGCGUUGUAGGUGUAUAUCGAUACGGAACCUAUUAGGACUUCAUCCCAUUCUAAUUUUCCAGCCAAUGCCUGUCAUUGCUACGACCUUAUCAUCUAACAGGAUCCCAUACGUCAACUUAAUAACUCUGUGAUUUGUCCUUGUCCUCAAUUAAUUACUCAUAGCUAGCUCUACUGUUAUUCUUUGUCAAUAUAUUUAUCAUCUUUCGA